AUGGGACAUACUCUCUGGAGCACACGUGGCAGGCAGAGGUCACGCCGGAUGAGCAUGAGUUUGCUUGCUGGGUGGUCCACGAUGAGCAGCCCCCGCUCAAGACCAACAUUACCCUGCAAGCCCAGGAGCACAGGCCCCCUUCAGCGAUCUGAACCUGGCACCAGGAUCCGAUUGACCUACACAUCCUCUGGCUUCUCGACAAACCAGGUUACUGUGACCUGGCUUAAAAACAAACACGAGCUCCCGAAGCCCCAGACCAGCGUCCGCCGCAGUGGACACACCUACAAUGUGACCAGCAGUGUGCUCGUCCUGCUGACAGAUGAUGAUGUGCUCUCCCAUGUCGUUUGCUAUGUCGAGCACAAGUAUGCCGUUUUUCCAGAAAACCAUUGGCCUGGACCAGUACCUCCGGGUUCCCCCUGCAGUGACAGUGUCCCAGUCUUCCACCUCCUCCAGCUUGGUGGCUGUUACUUGCCUCGUGCAGAGAUUCUAUCCACAAAACGUGCACCUCACCUGGCUAGAGGACUGCCGUACACGCAAAGGCACUGA